CGGAAGUCAAAGUGACAACUUCCUUAACAACAAGAAGCUUACUGUUCGUAAUUAACAGUAAUGUGUCUAAAGUUGGAACAAGCGACGUAGGAGAUCACAUUAGACUCUGUUGACUGAUGUCUGUCUGAAGAGAUGAGUCCCCUCCUGUGGUUCUGUUCGGUUCAGAUCUGUAUCUUGUUGUGCGGAGGUCUGGCUCACGCAGCCACAGACUCGGGGGGGACCUCCACCGUCUCACCCGGCUCCACAAACACAAACUGGGGGUCUUUCAGCUCAGCGACCCCUCCUCCUUCUGGUAGUUUAGGUACAGAUGAAUCAACCGGUGUCAGCACCACUGAGGCCGUCCCUUUGGACUCCACCCUGGACUCCACUCUGGACCCCAUUGCAACAACAACGUUAACCGUGUCUGAGGCUCCUCCCACUGUGGUCACUGAAACCUCUGCAACCACCAGCCCACCUGUCGUGACGUCUCAGGGUUGUCUCUGUGACUUAACCCCUGAUUUCUGUGACAUUGGCUGCUGCUGUGACAUCGUUGAUUGCAAUGUCUCAAACUUGAGCACCAUCUUCACUGGAUGUCCACAUAAACCUAUCUCAGGGGUCUGCAUUGAGAAAUGGCUGAUGUUCAGAGCUAAUGUGGAUUCAUCUCUUGUCACUGUGACUGACUCCUUGUUUUGCGUCCGGCCUGAAGAUAAUACAACACAGUCUCUCCAAGCUCUGCCUCAGUUUCCAGCAUUAGGAGACUCGUACCAUUUCUCACCACCAGCACCUCUGGGCAGCAUAUACAGCAGAGACUUCUACCGGGCUGAUGAUGUCAUCCUGACUUAUUUCAACAACUCCUCUGUGCGGGGUCUCCUCCGUCAGCCAUCUCCAGGGGCUGCUUCUGAUUUUUGUGUCAACCGCAAUCCUGCAAAGUUCCUGAGGUCCAUGUCUCUGUCUUGUACCCGCAUGCUGACCCCUGAUUCGUGCUCCACGGACCCAACUCUCAAUGCCAGAUCCUAUUUCUCCGACUUUAGGCUGAUCAAGAUUCCAAUCAUUGAGUCUGCAGAGGUCUCAGACUUACUGGUUCCAGUAACUCCUCUGUCUGACUGGCCUGCACCAAGUAAACAAAACAACUCCUGUGUUAAUGUGGUGAAAAAGGUGGAGUUUGUGAUAUCAUACACAGGUAGAGGGGAGCUUGUGAAUGCAACAGUGAAUGUAACCUUGGCUAAAGUGGAUCCAAAUCAGUCACUGUCGCAGACUCACUCUGUGCAGUUUAAGUUGAUGGCACCCAGUCCCACCCCAGGUGCACCGAUCCCUGCAGUUGGACUUCCCACUGGAUCACCUGUUAUUGGUCGCUUUGAUGAGGACUUGAAGCCUCUGACCACUCUGGGGUUGUCGCAGGGUGGGGAGUGCUCCUCUGACCCCAACAGACGAGCACCUAUACUCUUCACACACAACACCAUUACAGGCUGCACAUUCAGUUCUCCAUCCAGUGACUGCUCAGAGCUGCGUUCCUACAUUUAUGGGAUUCUGCAAGGACUUGCUACUCCGGAUCUGAUUGCCAUGAACUCUGGCUCCCAACCGGACUGGGCGAGGGUCAUCACCCAGGAGUGUUCUGUCAGCCUGCAGGAAACGUGUGAGUCAGGCUGUUUCCUCCCAACCUCUCUGUCUAUCCGAGUGCUGUGGGCUCGGCAGGGUCUCUUACAUCUUCCCCAGAACUACAUCCUCGGGGCCAAGUACAUUUUCCACUGUCAAAAUGUAAAGUGUCCUCUGUUGUCUCCCAUCGCUCUGACCACAGAGGUGACGUUUGUGGACACUACAGUUUACCCACAAUCCCCCUUGGGCUCACCGCAGCCUGACUGGAAGUAUCCAUUUGGUUUCUUCACCAGAGGCUCUGCUGAGCUGGAUGGACACAUUGUUACUAACAGCAGUGACAGGGAGAGGGUCACAUGGAGUUUAAUGCUGUUCACAGUGACGUUACUAACAGGAUUAGAAUUCUUCUUUGGGUAGCUGGAUCACGGUUGUAAAUUUAUUGAAUGUGAAAGAGUUUUCAUAAGGUAGUUUUAUUGUCUUAAAACUUUUUUAUACAACAUUAAAAUACAAAAAAAACUUAAAUUAUUAUUUUGUACACUUUAUGAAUAAAUACAUUUUUACAAGACA